GACAUUUCAGUACCUCCGUUCCUGAGGAUGUAAAGAACCUAUAAUUCGAUUUUUUAGAUGUUUUGGAGAAGUUUGAGAAGUUUGAGUCUAAAAACCUUUUUAAAGUUGGAAGAAGCUCCACGUGGUGUAAAGGUUCUGUACCAGUUGAACGUCUUACCUCUGAGCCAUGAAACCUUUAGAAGCCUUUUUAAAGGUUUCACUGACCAGAAGGGGAAACCACAUCUCACAAGAGCGUCAGGAGGCUGAGUUCUCAGUUCAGGUACGCUUUUAUCUGCUGUUAAUUUAAGCAGUCUGAGCAUCAGCAGCGCGCUGUUCAGCACUUUAACAGGGCUCAACCUGCAGAGAAGUCAGACACUGAGGUUUGAAUGGUCUGGGAGUAAAAUGGUCAUUCUGAUGUUUCUGAUGUUGCUGACCACAGUAACAGGGCAGGAACCGCUACCCCAACCCCACCUAGACAUCCUCUGCCAGUCUUUCGGAGAACGGAGAGUCCGGUGCGCUCCUGCUGGACAGCAGUACACAUGGACUCUAAACAGCACUGUGAUAAACAGCACUGACGCCUAUAUGAGCGACCCAAGUGACGUGAUCAUUCUGAAGGGUCACAUGACUGGAAACCUCACCUGUGUCAUUUCCAUGGGAAGUGGAGAGCAAUUUACCACCGCCUGGCUUCCUGUCUGCGAACAAAGCGAUUAUUCAAAGCAAGUCUGCGACGACAGAGAAAAGAAACCCGAUCAGCUCUGUGUGAAUUCCAGAAUUGUCCUGCUAGGGUGUGGAACUCUGGCUGUGUUAGUGACCCUCAUUUUAGCGCUCUGCUGUCUCAGGAUCGCAUUGGACACCAAAUUAAAGUCUUUACCUGAAGAUCAGCCCAUCUACACUGAAAUUGACUUUGAAACUCAAGAAGAGAAUAAAGCAAGGAGUGGAAUUCAGGACAUGGCGGUGAUGUAUGCAAAGGUCAGAAAGGGUUCCAAUGACCGGCAGCCUGAAGGACAAAGAGACACCAGCAACCUGGACUUCUGCAUGUAUGGCCACGAUUAGACACCGAAACCGACAUGCACAGAAAAUAACCAGGGCAGCAGAUCUGAAAGCCUUCAACGCAGAGCUGAGACAGAUAUUUACAGGCGGUUAAAGUUUCUUUUAGCUAUCUCUGUCUGAAAAUGCCUGUGCUGAUGUUAGAGACUCACACUGCAGGCUUCUCGUUCAGCUUUUAAUCUGAACCCUUUUACAGCAAUAUUCUUUCAGCUUAAACAUAUAUUAAAGUGUUAUGAAGCUUUUUAAAGAUCUGCACAUGGAGGAAGACCAAACUAUGUAAAGGCUUUAUAAAACAUUGCUGGUGCUGCAUCGAUGCUAAUAAAAAA